AUUCUUUUGCAAUUUUCCGUCCUGAUUCUUUCCUCUGCAUCUUUAUCGACAAUCGACGCAUCACAAAUACACUUUUUUCCCCUGUGUGUGUGUGUCAUUCUUUUUCUAUCUCCAUCAUUGAUAAUCUUCAAAAAUGUCUUCUGAUGACGACAGUGUCUCGAGAAGCUCUCAGGAUGAUGGAUUAACCAACGAGAGCACCAUGUCCCGUCCUUCGAGUUUGGACUCGGACGAAUCUUUCCUUGAUGAUUUCCCGAUAGACGAUGACGAUAUAAUAUGGAGCGACGACGACAGCAGGUCGGAUUAUUCGAUUGACUACGAAUUUCUAGGCUUUCGAUAUCACAACUAUCGGAACGAGAGUGACGCGGACAGUGUAGCAUCCGAGUUAUCGGAGGCCGUUCCGUCCACCACUGACAUGGGCUUCGACAUGUGGGAUGAAGAUCCCUACAGUACCAACGACUUCACCUGGGAUUCCAACGAUAUGCGUGUUACUGGGUUUAUGAAACAGCGGCAAGCCGCCAUUGCUAGUAUGAAUCGCCUGGCGUGCUGGUCAGCGUCCAGUUUUUGGAAAAAAGAGCAUGGCUGGCCUCAGCAGUUGCCUUCGUCAUGUUCGACGGCCAAUCACGAUCAAUGCGCGAAUGCCCUUUGUUCGGUGAUUUCCGAGCACGGCACGACAGAACAGCUGUAUGCGGUGUACCGAGAUCGGAUCAUUAAAUGUGGGGAGGCAAUACUUUCUUCAGCACGUGCCAUCACCGGGCCAAAAUCUGGUUCUACGGAAAAUGGCUCCGCGAGUGCCGAUCGACCGUUGUAUGAUGAUACCACAUGGAUCGAAAGUGAUACGGAUGCUUCGGUUGCCGGGUCCCCUCCUUUCGAUAACCAUAGUAGCAAGACAUUUUGCGAGACCCAUGAAUCGGUUUCGUUGUCUUCAUCUCCUUCUUAUUCCUUUUCCAUCGACAGCAGUGAUAGACCCAUGCUGCCAUCCUCGCCCCAUGAAUCAUGUAUAAGCAAAUUUAAACCUUACACAAAAUUCAUUGCACGGUCCGAUUUUCCACGCAUUCUUCCGGAGCAUGCGUACAUGCCUCUUGGAUUUGAGCCCUUGUGCCUCGCCUACAAGUAUGGUUACAUGGCCAUCGGUGGCAUUGAAGGAGAAUUUGAACUUUACUGUUGCAUGAAUCAGUCAGAACCUGUGAAACUUUGGGGCACGAAAUUCAAAGGACGCCACAACGUUCAGUUGAUGACCAACUCGGUGGAGAUUGUUCGAUGGCGUAUGGGCCAACCCACGUUGCCCAUGCUGAAUGAUUGUGAACCCGUGUACCAGUAUCUGCUGAUUGCGUCCAUGAACGAGGCCGGAAUUCUUGUCUAUCGAUUACCAUCCCAUCAUGAAUGUGCUGUAUACUCACAAGCUCGACGUGCGUAUCCGCCGCCUCGUAUUCCGUUGCAUACCCACCUUCGCAGCUUUGAUCGCGUGCCAAUCAACGAUGCAAAAAUCAGCCCAGACGGUCGUACGAUGGUGUGCGUUGGCGAUGAUCAGUUUGUAUUUUUGAUCGACAUUAACCUGGACUCCUCUUCCCAAGAAAUCACAUUCCGUCCACCUGUCAAACUUGAGAUUCCAGUCGGUCUGCUGACACCGGGUGACAGCACCGAAUCGGCUUACUCAUCGCAGUACGUUGCGUGGAGCGCGUCUUCCCGGUUCUUUGCACAUACCUCCGAUACCCAUUAUUGCGUCCUCGUCUGGCGUGCCGAGACACGCGACGUUCUGUACUCGAUUGAUGCUGCAGGAUACACCUAUGCGGUGAAAUUCCAUCCCUACAUGGAUGGCCUGCUUUCAUUCACCAAUCGCUACGGAUACUUUCACACUGUCAAUCUUGAGGAAGCCGUGGAUCCACGCGUCAAUACCAAACGGAUCAAUAUGCUCACGUUUGAUAAGCAGACCGUCGAUGCUCGAGGCCAUUGCUGCGAUGACCGAUGUGUGUCCACAGAGACGGCGGCAGUCUAUCACACGAGACAUCUUGAAGCGAGACAUGAGAUCACAAUGGUAGCUUUUCGCGGUGAGCGCGAUAUACGACUCCGGAUAUUAGCUAAGAUCAACGGUAUUCAGUGGUCCAAGGAUGGUCGCUACCUCUAUGUCGCUACGAAGAAACGCGUGCUGGCUUAUGAAUUCACUGCUUUUUGUCUCUCUGUACCCUCCUUGUUGACCAUUGCAGGACGGCAGAUGUUGGCAGUCUUAGGACAAGAAGCAUGCGUUUCAGAUGCUUCAUCGUCCGCCACCUGCACACCAAGAAAACGAAGACGCAUCGCACACCGACAUGACCCGUUGAUCGAACCAUCGCCACGUCAACGAACAUCAAGAUCAGACCAAUGGAUGAAUAUACCUGCCCACAUUCGGCAUGCAUUGCUAAAUAAUUCACAGCUUGCCAGCCAUUGGUAAUUUUGCAUUUGUCCUUCCUGGUAUUCCCGGUUGCUCUAUACAUUCAUUUUUCGCAUGUGUCUAUAUACUCUACAUUUCUUUUUCCUCCCUUUAUAUUUUUUAUGACAUACCUUUUCAUUUAUGUAUCAAUUUCUUGUGUCCGUUUGAUCAUUUUAUUGCACAAUGCAUCUUCGUGCUUGUAUGCUUUUUCGUAUUUUCCAUUUAUUCGUUGUCUAUGUAUUAGCUAAAGCAUCGCUGUUUACUGUUUUAUUCUUUUUCUUUCAUUCAUAUGUUUUGCAAGGCGC